AAAUGAGCACUCCAUCAUUCACUUUCCAUUUUUGUAACUUUUGACGACUAUGCUAAGCCCGAAUUAAGAACAAUCUUAAAUACAUUUUCAGCAACAUGCUCAAAAGAAAACGUCCACUUAUGCUCAGCAACUGCUGAAGAAGUAUGCCUCUUUCUCGACGUAAGCUCCAAAGCAGACAUGACCAUCCCAACAUCACAAGGAUUUAUCAGUCAGCCAGGUGACAUGGACAUCAGAGCCUCUUACUGUGGCACAUUAUACGAUGAUAUCAAACCAGAAAACAAGUGCAAUAGUGUCAAGGAAAAAUUUGACAGCCUAUCUGAUACACUCUACGCUGUUUCCAUGAUUGGAUUUGAAAAUAUCGAAAUAGAUUGUGGCAUGUUGGAUAUCUGUGAAGAGAAUUGUGUUUAUGAAGAACACAGACCGAAGAAAAAAGGACUGGCAUGGUGGGGGAUAUUGUUGAUAGUUAUUCUGAUAAUUAGUUUUGUAGCAGUCAUUAGUUUUCUGUUGUAUUGCAUAUUUUGUAGAAAAUGUGCAGUCAAUCCAAAAGACGAUGAAGCUGGAAUUUUUUAUGAACAACCCACAGUUGUACGACUUACAGUGAUUGAAAGAUACCUCGACGACGCCAUCGCCUCCAAACAUAUGGCAGAUCUGAAGUUGACAAUUGAUAUCAUCGAGCAGGAAGGUUUCCAAGAGGAGCACAGACAAAAAUACGAUACAGCUGUCAGGUUAUUAAAGGAAUUGAUGGCAAGAGAUGCAGAAAUAAAAAGGAAAGAGCUUGAAGAAGAAGAAAGAAAAGCGGAUGAAACAAAGAAAGAUCUAGAGGAGGCAGAAAAUGAUAUUUUGAGACAACACAGGGCAAACAAGGAAGUGACUUUGAGAAGGGCUAUUAAGGCUCGAGACGAAGCUAAAGUUAGGUGGGCAAGAAUGUGGCCGAAAUUAGAAGUACUUAGAUCUCUGAACGGAAUGAAUGUGCAGUUGACAGAAAAAGCUAUGGAAGAAGCUAGAAAAGCAAAAGAGGAUGAAGAAAAGCAGAGAAAAUUUGAGGAAGUUCAAGCUAAAGAAGGAGCUUAUUGUAAACAGCUUUUAAAAGAAGGUAUAGCAGCUGCUGACGAAGGAAAGUUGGAGGAAGCAAUGAAAACGACUGAUUGGACAGUAUUUCAGACCACAAUAAUGGAUACUGACGAGGAGUUGAGAGAUCUUCACAUUAAAGCGAGAAACGAACUUGAGAGGAUUCGAAGUGAUAGUGUUCCUCUUAUCGUUCCUCUUCUUCAAAGAGAAAAGGAGGCAGAAGAAAAGCGAAGAGAGGAAGAGAAAAUAGCUAAGACUAAUAGAAAAGAGGAGGAAACAUUGGAAGAGGUAAACAGACAAGAGGAAGAAAGAACGUCAGACACAUAUAAUAUAAAAGAGAAGAGAGAUUGGCAAAGGCACAACGAGAUAAAAUGCUUCAAAGAGAAAAGGAGGCAGAAUCAAGGAGAGAAGAGGGAGAGAGUAUAGCAGAGACAAAUAGAAACAAAGCAGAAGAGAGACUGAUAGAGGCACAUGAAGGAUAUGAUUUAAUCCAAAAAGAAAAGGAAGCG